CAGUUCUCAAGUUCUUGUCGCGACCAGAUUCAAAAUACACAAGUCGCCAUCGAGCCAUAAUUUCCGAUCACUGCCUGUACACAUCACAGUCAGACGAUUCCUCUCAGAGCUUUUUCUAAGUACGGCAACGAUCCAGCCUAUUCUCUUCUUCUCUGCCUCAUUCAGCUGCGCGUCUUGAACAACAUUCGCAGUGCCCGCAGUUAACCCUUCGCUUCCUGAUCGCCCAAGUAUUUCCCCCAGAUCCGAGUACCCACAACCCGAGCACCUCAGCAUACUCUUCGUGGAUGACAACCUCUUGGUGGUGUACCAAGGACAAAUGUAUACAUUGCACCAAAAACGUCGCCAGCUUUGCAGACCUUGACGAUCCAUCUCCGGCUGCGUCACCUGUUCGAUAUCAUUAAUCCACUAGUCGGCACGUAGAGUCAACGCGCACCUACGCGUGGCGCAAGUCACCAUGGCUCAAGUCAACGGAUUCUCCCCCGACGACGACACGGUGGCAGUCGUCACUUCCCAUUUAGGCAAGCGAAAAAGAACAGUGUCUCCUGAACCGAACCCUGCACAUGAGAAACAAACAGAUUCUUCGCUUCAGAGUGCUUUACAAAGCAUUCUACAAGUGUUUCGCGAAAAUGACACCACCCCAUCACUCUUGAAACAUCCACUUCAUACCCCUGUGGCCGAUAGUCCCGACACGAAAAGAACCCGUUUGAAUGCCAAAGACUCGGGUGACAGUAUUGAGAGUCGCAUCCUAGCUGGGUCUUACUCUUCACUCGACUCCCUGACCAAGGAUGUGAAGAUCGUCCAGGCGGCAAUUCUGGAGACAAUCUCGGCUUCUCCUGUGAACGGCGAUGAGCAAUACCAUGUAUCUCGUCACCCAGACACCAAGGACAAACUCUCCAAUCUGGUACAACUACUUGAAAUAUUCACACAGCAACCUUCGAAGCUCGUAAAUGGCAAGGCUGUCGAGGCUGUCGAAGAUGAAUGGUCCAACCAAGACAACUCUAGUGGUCGAAUGGGCCAGAUACUGUCUCUACGAACGCAAAUCAACGGUCGACCACAUUUCCUAUAUUCAGGUCUUGCAUCUGAUCAAACAGCCGAGUCUCCCUCGCUUGAUACAACCCCCCAGAUCAAGGAUACUGGGCUUCCCAAUGGACUGGAGGUGACAGACUUUGCAUUGUUAAAGGCUGCUCGGACAUCUGGAAAGAUCAUGAAGCGCAAGUUUGGCGAGGUGUUUCAUUCUAAUCAUAUUGGCACAAUGUCUCGGAAAUUUGAUUCUCCAAAAGCAACUGGCUUACGAACCAACACUUUACGAUUUUCAACUCGACCUAGAUACUGGGAUCAGAAUCCUAACCCUGGCGACUACAAGGACACCAAACUGGAGACUGGCUCAUGGUUGUCUUAUGGUUCCAACAGCUCGAUCUAUCAAUCCAAAACAACAGGUGGUGAUUUACAGCCCGCCAAUGGCAUUCCGAAUGAAUCAUUGUGGACUCCAUCAGGCACUGACGACCUCUUCACUUCUGCCUAUUCGUCUUUUGCGCCUGCAUCUGACAAUUCGCUCUCGGUUCCCUCGUUGCGUGAACGUGGCCAGGCUUGGUGGCGCGAACAUGGCAAUGAAAGAUUAUCAACUAUAUUUUCAGCGGACAAAGGACCAGGACAGUCACUAAGAGAAUCAUCUGAAAAGGGCGAAGAAUCCUCGGAUGUGGAUGAGUUUGCGGACCUUGUUGCCGAGUUCACUUCAAUGGAAGACGAGGAUCUGGCUGAGACGACCGAAGAGGCUAGCGACAUCGACACAGUAUUACAGGAAUUGUCCGAGUUGAUUGAAAUCUUGGCGUCACACCAAAAAGCGCGAGCUCUUAAUCCUCCCAGCAAACUCUCCUCGCCAACGCAGCCGUCAGAAGUUGAAGUUGGUGUAUACGAGAUGCUUCGGGGUCAACUCAGCAUACUGGUGGGAACCUUACCUCCCUAUGCGGUGGCCAAGCUCAAUGGAGAUCAGCUCGCGGAGCUCAACAUAUCCACCAAAAUGCCAGUUGAGGUACCGGCCUAUGCAGGUACUGGACAGGUUGAUGACUUCGUCCUGAAACGGCAGAGGGCGUCAUUGGCGGCAACCUCGGCAGCCAGCCGCUCAGGUGCAGCAUCGCACCCUCGACAAGGAUAUACACAGGGUCAGACUGUCACAAAUCCGUACAAUGGGCAAACUCGAAAUUAUAACCCGUCAAUUCCAGCUAGUGCUGGGUACGGAGCGAGGAACACGACCAACUACCAGACUCCGACAGCACCACGACCUGGCUUUAAUCAAACGCCGUAUCAAGCGCAGACUGUGCCAUAUAGUAAUAGGCCGACGAUACAACAAUUCCAGCGGCCAAUCCAGCAAAAUGGAUAUGUCAGCAACGCGAAUGGACCUCCGGCGUCGUAUGCGCAGGCUCAACCGCCCGGAUUUGCUCAGCGGCCAAGUCAGCCAGGGUAUCAACAACGUGCUCAACAAGGUGCCAUUACGAGUGCAGGGCGAUCUGCAUCACCGCAGAAGCCUCUGACCAAUGGACAAAUAUAUCCAGCCAGAGGAGGCCCAUCAAAUCAGUAUCUUUUCCCACGUCAAGCCUCUGGUACACCAAGCACACCCGCUGGGGUCGUUCAAGCACCGAACAGUGAUGCAAGUGGACAUAACAUCUCUGCAGCGAUGGCCAAAACAGCGCAACAGUCACUGUCUCCGGGGGUCAAUCUUUCUCAAACGGUGGAAGUCUCGCGAUGAAAUGGGGAAGGCGACAUGUUUUUGCAAAAGUUUGAGACGCUGUAACAUUAUUGAUUUCUGCUGCUUAUCCAAGCUAUCAUUACUAGACCUGUUUUUAACAACGAUGAUUGAAGCUUGGGUUGCAUUGCAUAACAUAUUGCUGCAAGUAUCAAGGAAUCUUCUUUUUUUCAUCAUGUCGGUUGAAUGUGUAUAUUGCAAAGCACUCGAAUAAUUUCUAGGACAGCCA